AUGAAGUCGGAGAUGUCAAGACUGAAGACUGAAACAUCUGUGCUCCGUGAUCAGAAUACCAGGCUCAGUGAAAACGUCAAGGAACUAAGUCAUAAAUUGGCAGUAAUCGAACAGCAGGCCCGUGAAUGCAACCUCGAGAUCCAGUGUUUGCCGGAAACCCUAAAGGAAAAUCUUUUGAGCACGGUCUUGCAACUAGGAAGAGUAUUAUCUUGCCCAUUAGAAGAAAAGGACAUAUUAUCAUGCACUAGAGUUGCUAGGUUGAACCCUAAGUCAACAAGGCCCAAAUCCGUCAUUGUUAAGCUGCCGUCGACCCGUGUACGAGACAACUUGCUUGCUGCUUGUUUAAAUUACAAUAAAUCCCACCCUAAGGAAAAAUUACACAGUUCUUUGCUGGGCUAUGGAGGAGACAGAAAACAGAUCUAUGUGUGUGAACACCUAUCUCCAAGCAACAGAUCCCUACAUGCCCAGGCUCGUCAAUUCAGAAAGGACAACGAUUACAAAUAUCUUUGGGUCCGCAAUGGCCGCAUAUUGAUGAGAAAGGACGACCAAUCUCCUGUACUGUGGGUUCACGACACCGAGGCACUACAGGCGCUGUUAAAAUAG